AUGAACUUUCUCUCUGGGAUCUGGUGGUCUCUUGCUCUGGUCCUGUUCUGGGCAGCCCCGCGCGUCACCUCCUCAUGGUGGUACAUGGGGGCCGUGGGCUCGUCGCGGGUGAUGUGCGACAACGUGCCGGGGCUGGUGAGCCGGCAGCGGCAGCUGUGCCGGCGGCACCCCGAGGCCAUGCUCUCCAUCGGCCGCGGCGUGGCCGCCUGGACGGCCGAGUGCCAGCACCAGUUCCGCCAGCACCGCUGGAACUGCAACGCGCCCGAGCGCGGCCACCGCCUGCUGGGCCGCGUCCUGCUGCGCAGUAGUCGGGAAUCCGCUUUUGUCCAUGCCAUCUCCUCCGCCGGGGUUGUUUUUGCUAUCACAAGAGCUUGUAGCCAAGGGGAGUUGAAAUCGUGCUCCUGCGACCCCAGGAAAAAGGGUUCGGCCAAGGACAGCAAGGGUCUCUUUGACUGGGGUGGCUGCAGCGACAACGUUGACUACGGCGUCAGGUUUGCCCGGGCGUUCGUGGACGCCAAGGAGAGGAAGGGGAAGGAUGCCAGAGCCCUCAUGAACCUGCACAACAACCGAGCCGGAAGGAAGGCCGUGAAGCGGUUUUUGAAACAGGAGUGCAAAUGUCACGGUGUGAGUGGAUCAUGCACUCUAAGGACCUGUUGGCUGGCCAUGGCAGACUUUAGGAAAACAGGAGAUUAUCUGUGGAAGAAAUACAAUGGAGCCAUUCAGGUGGUCAUGAAUCAAGAUGGCACUGGUUUCACUGUGGCUAAUAAGAAAUUUAAGAAGCCAACUAAGAAUGACCUGGUAUACUUUGAAAGCUCUCCAGACUACUGUAUCAGGGACAGGGAUGUAGGCUCUCUAGGGACAGCGGGCCGCGUUUGCAACCAGAGCUCGCGUGGCAUGGACAGCUGCGAAGUGAUGUGCUGCGGCAGGGGCUAUGACACAUCGCGGGUCAGCAGGAUGACAAAGUGCGAGUGCAAAUUCCACUGGUGCUGUGCCGUGCGCUGCCAGGACUGCCUGGAGGUGGUGGACAUUCACACCUGCAAGGCCCCCAAGAGCGCUGGGUGGAUCUCCCGGACAUGA